AUGAGUAAUUAUGAUGAAUCCACAGCCUUCCUGGGUAACUGGGGCCGUUUCCAGCAGAUUGUGUUCUUUCUACUUUGCGCCAGCACCAUCCCCAAUGGAAGUGGAGUUUUGUCUGUUGUCUUUGUGGCUGCCACUCCCAGACACCACUGUUGGAUUCCGGAAGUCAACCUGACUGCAGACUGGCUCAGUGCUAUAAUCCCAGUAAAGGUAGUGAAUGGAGAAGAGGAGCUGAGCAGAUGCAGCAGAUACAGGCUGGAUGUGGUCAGAAACCUGUCUGCUCAGGGAUACAUCCCUGGCAGAGACGUCAACCUCCCUGAUCUGGAGCAGGAGAGCUGUGUGGAUGGAUGGCUCUACAGCACAGACAUCUACCAGUCCACCAUAGUCUCUGAGUUCGAUCUGGUGUGCAGUCAACAGUGGAAGCAGCCACUGACUUCUUUACUUUACUUCCUUGGUGUUCUGGUUGGAUCCUUCUUCUUUGGACAGCUUUCAGACAGGUUUGGAAGGAGGCCUGUUUUUUUCACAACCAUGGCUCUCCAGACAAUUUUUACUUUUUUCCAAGUCUUCUCCCCCUCGUGGACAGUGUUUGCCAUCCUCAUGUUCUUCAGCGGUUUGGGACAGAUUGGCAACUACGUGGCUGCUUUUGUAUUAGGAACUGAAGUCUUGAGUGGCAAUGUACGGGUCCUGUUCUCAACACUUGGCGUGUGUCUGUGUUUUGCAAUUGGCUACAUGGUGCUCCCACUGUUGGCGUAUUUUUUAAGGGACUGGAGACCUCUUCUGUUGACUAUCUCACUGGCUGGCCUUCUUUACAUCCCCCUCUGGUGGUUGAUCCCAGAGUCUCCUCGAUGGCUGCUCUCACAGGGACAAGUGGACGAAGCUGAGGCCAUAGUGAGGAAGGCUGCUCACCAGAACAAAGUGGAGGCUCCACAGGUCAUCUUUGAAGAUUACAGUGUUGAUGACAAAAAGACUCAAAAAGAGAGACGCUACACCGUCAUUGAUCUAAUUCAGACCCCAAAUAUCAGAGCCAUGACACUCAUUCUCUGUCUGGCUUGGUUCACCUUGGCUACUGGUUACUUUGGUCUGUCCCUGAACACAUCAAAACUCGCUGCUGACCCAUAUCUAAGUGCAUUCAUUUCAGCAGCAGUAGAGAUACCAGCAUACAUCUGUAGCUGGCUUGUUCUGAAGUACCUCCCUCGGCGACUGUCUGCCAGUUGUACACUGGGCCUGGGGGGGGUGGCGCUGUACCUCAUUCAGGUGAUCCCUAAAUCGUUUCCACAGGUGUCAGCUGUACUGGAGAUGUUGGGUAAAUUUAGCUUUGCCACCAGUACGUCCAUGAUCUUCGCCUACACAGCAGAAAUUUACCCAACUGUGCUCAGGAGCACAGCAACUGGAAUAUUCACUACAUUUUCCAGAUUGGGAAGUUGCAUUGCACCUUAUUUGUUACAACUGAGUGUGUACUUUAAGUACCUGCCCUACAUUAUACUGGGGACUAUGGCUGUUGUGUCUGCCAUUGUCAUUCACUUCCUUCCAGAGAGUUUUGGACGACCUUUACCUGAAACUAUUGAACAGAUGCAUAAGUGGGAAAGGAUGAAAUGUUCAUGCAUCACUCAAAGAGAAACAUCAAAGCCAGUGGUUCUUCUGGAAACUCACCUCUGA